AGUCUCAGGCGUGUCUCUGCGUGAACAGCAGAGAUUUGUGUGUCUGUGAGAGACGUGUGUGUGUGUGUGACACUGUGACAGCGUGUCUUCGUGACGGCGUUUGCGCUUGUGUGUCAGAUACUUGAUUGUGCUUAUUUAACUAAGUGGUUUAUGGGUGAGCGACAGUUGUGUGGCCAUGUGGGUUGUCAUUGGAACUCAUGGCUGUAGGCUCCGCGGAUCCUCCACCCUGUCCCCUUACAACCACUUGGGGCCUGCCGCGGAUAAAAGAGGGAAGUCAGAUUGUGAGCUUUAGAAUGGAAGAAUGGAGAAUCACAGCAAGAUGACACAGACUUGAUCUUGAAAUGAGAUGUUUUGAAGCUGCAAUCGGCCCCAAGGCAUGCUUUCUGGGAAAAGUGCUGCCUGUCUCUUAAAAAAAAAAAAAAAAAGAUACUGAGAGAAAAAAGACUUUUUGUUACACAUCUAAAAGUUAAAGUUCAGCUCUGGCUUCUCUGCAAUCGGCUUCUCUAACAAAGGAAACCUGAGGAAGAUCAGCAGUUUGAAAACCAUGGCCCAGGUGCCAUUGACAUUCAGUGAUGUUGCCAUAGACUUCUCUCAGGAGGAGUGGGAAUGCCUAAAUUCCGAUCAGAAGGAUUUGUACAGAGAUGUGAUGUUGGAGAAUUAUACUAACUUAGUCUCACUGGACUUUGAUUUUACAACUGAGACCAACAAGUUAUCUUCAGAAAAAAGCAGUUAUGAAGUAAAUUCAUACCAUCAGGAGACAAUGAAAAGAAGUAAAAUCUUCAACCCUACAAGGUUUAUUUUCAGAAAUGACCCACAAUGCAGAAUUGAAUUUGGAAGAGAACAGGGUCCUAACAUGGGGUGUUUUAAUCAAAUGACAUUUAUAAAACAUAUAUCUCUUCUUCUACACCAGAGAAUUCACACUAGAGAGAAAUCCUAUGAAUGUAAGGAAUGUAGGAGGGGCUUUAGAAAAUAUUCACACCUUACUGAACAUUUGAGAGACCAUAAUGGUGUGAGACCCUAUGAAUGUACGGAAUGUGGAAAAGCCUUUAUAGUUCUCCAGCAUUUUAUUAGACAUAAAAAAAUUCACACUGAUUUGAAACCCUAUGAAUGUAAUGGAUGUGAAAAGGCCUUUAGAUUUUAUUCACAGCUUAUUCAACAUCAGAUCAUUCAUACUGGUGUAAAACCCUACGAAUGUAAGCAAUGUGGGAAGUCUUUCAGACGUUAUUCUCACCUCACUGAACAUCAAAAAAUUCAUAUUGGUUUGAAACCGUAUGAAUGUAAGGAAUGUGGGGAAACUUUUAGAUUGUACCGACAUAUGUGCCUACAUCAGAAAAUUCAUCAUGGUGUGAAACCAUAUAUAUGCAAGGAAUGUGGUAAGGCCUUUGGUCAUCGUUCAAGUCUUUAUCAACACAAGAAAAUUCAUUCUGGUGAGAAACCAUAUAAAUGUAAACAAUGUGGAAAGGCCUUUGUUCGCAGCUAUCUACUUAUUGAACAUCAGAGAAGUCAUACUGGCGAGAAGCCUCAUGAAUGUAAGGAAUGUGGGAAGGCCUUUAGUAGGGGCUCAAGCCUUCUUAAACAUAAAAGAAUUCAUAGUAGUGAGAAACUCUAUGAUUGUAAGGACUGUGGGAAGGCCUUCUGUAGAGGCUCUCAACUGACACAACAUCAAAGAAUUCAUACUGGUGAGAAGCCACAUGAAUGCAAAGAAUGUGGGAAGACAUUUAAGCUUCAUUCAUACCUUAUUCAACAUCAGAUAAUUCAUACUGAUUUGAAACCAUAUGAAUGUAAACAAUGUGGGAAAGCCUUCAGUCGUGUUGGAGACCUUAAAACACAUCAGUCAAUUCAUGCAGGGGAGAAACCCUUUGAAUGUAAGGAAUGUGGAAAAACCUUUAGACUUAAUUCUCAACUAAUUUAUCAUCAGACAAUUCAUACUGGUUUGAAACCAUAUAUAUGUAAAGAAUGUAAGAAGGCCUUUCGUUCUAUCUCAGGUCUUUCUCAACAUAAGAGAAUUCAUACUGGUGAAAAACCCUAUGAAUGUAAAGAAUGUGGUAAGGCCUUUAAUCGUAGUGAUCGACUUACUCAACAUCAGAGAAUUCAUACUGGUGUGAAACCACACAAAUGUAAGGAAUGUGGAAAGGCCUUCACUCGUUGCUAUCAACUUACUCAACAUCAAAGAUUUCAUAGUGGUGAGAAACUCCUGAUGUAAUGAGAGUCAGAAAGCUUUUAGCUUUGGCACAUCCUUUACCAUUAUCACUAUUCUACCACCUAAUGAUGUUAUGGUCAAGAUUAAAUUAUUUAACGUAAAAUUUAAAUGCUUAAAGGGGCAUCUGGCACAUAGUAUUUGCUUACUAAAUAUUGCGGUUUUUUAAAUGAUAAUCACUAUUAUUACUAUACAUAAAUUCAUGUGGAAGGAAAACCCUAUAAGCAUAUUUUAAAAAUCUUCAGAUAAUUAAUUCUGGACAAAAUCCCAUAGAAUAUACUAAACAAGACAAUUUAUUGAGCUUUUAUUCAAAGCUCAACCCCCUGAAAAUUAAUAAUAAUAUUAAGAAACCCUGUGCCUUUAUUAAAUAUUGCGAGUUCAGCUGUUGUGGAGAGUAGUUUGAAGAAACUUUCUUACAAUAAAUUCUGUUAUACAGAUAACAUACAAUCCACAUGUCCUACAAUUGAAAUAAAUUAACAAUUUGGUAGCCAAAGACCUUGGUUGACUUAGAAAGGUUUUCCUUGAGUUUUUGAAAGUUUUCAAACUUACAUGAAAGGUAAAUUGUUACAGGUAACAGUGUUACAAUGAAGUUUGUUUGCCCUCCACCUAGAUUCAAUAUAUCUAAUAUUUCUCUCUCAUAAAUAUGAACAUGUAUAUAUACAGAUGCAUAUAUACCAUAUAUCAUUCUUAUUGCAUAUUGAAUAUAUUUUACAUAUAUCAUUUUGCUGAGUUUUUCAGUGAAUGUUUUAGAUAUCACUUCACCUCUAAAAAGUCAACAUACAACCCUUAGAAUUAAGGAUAAUCUUCUAGAUGACUAUUAAACCACUAUUACCUAAAAAACACUAAUAAGAACCCUAUAUUUUUCUACGAUAUUCAGCCCAUUUACAAAUUUCUCUGAUUGGUUAAAGAAUAUCUUCUAAAAGUGCUGGCUUUUUUAAAAGCCAAAAACCAAACUGAGCUCAUAUAUUUUAUAUGACUGUGGCUUAUUGGGUCUAAUAAGAAUUGGUCUAGAAUUUGCCCUCCACUUUCUUUCAUUUUUUGAAAACUCAGAAGAAGUAACCUAUAUAAUGUUGUAAUUCCAUACUUGUCCUGCUUUUUCUCAAGGUGGACUUAACUUGUUCUUCCAUCCGUUGUAUUUACUGUGAACUGAAGUUUAUGUCUAGAGGCUUAAGUUUCAGAUUAAACAUUUUUUAUAAGACUA